AUGGAGGAAAUAACUAAUGUGAUGGAGUAUGAGGCUAUUGCCAAGAAGAAGCUGCCAAAGAUGGUGUUUGACUACUAUGCAUCUGGUGCAGGGGACCAAUGGACCCUGGCUGAGAACAGGAACGCUUUCUCCAGAAUUCUGUUUAGGCCCCGUAUUCUUAUUGAUGUGAGCAAAAUUGACAUGAGCACCACACUGCUGGGCUUCAAGAUUUCGAUGCCAAUCAUGAUUGCACCAGUAGCCAUGCAGAAAAUGGCUCAUCCUGAAGGAGAGUGUGCUACUGCACGAGCAGCAUCAGCAGCUGGAACGAUUAUGACAUUGUCAUCUUGGGGGACUUCUAGUGUUGAGGAGGUUGCUUCGACAGGGCCUGGCAUCCGGUUUUUGCAGCUCCGAUUUUUCCAGCUUUAUGUCGACAAGAACAGGAAUGUUGUUGCUCAGCUUGUGAGAAGGGCUGAAAGAGCAGGGUUCAAGGCCAUUGUUCUCACUUCUGAUGCCCCCAGGUUGGGGCGUCGAGAAGCUGAUAUUAAGAACAGAUUUGCUCUUCCACCAUUUCUGACAUUCAAAAACUUUGAAGGGAUGGAAAAAGGUGAUGAAUCUGGAUUAACUUCAUUUGUGGCUGGUGAAAUCGAUCGUACUUUGACUUGGAAGGAUGUUCAGUGGCUCCAAACAAUCACUUCGUUGCCAGUCCUGAUCAAGGGCGUGCUUACUGCUGAGGACGCAAGGAUAGCAAUUCAGGUGGGAGUAGCUGGGAUCAUCGUGUCAAACCAUGGCGCUCGCCAGCUUGAUUAUGUCCCUUCCACUAUCGUGGCUCUAGAAGAGGUUGUGAAAGCUGCCCAAGGCCGGGUUCCUGUGUUCUUGGAUGGAGGUGUGCGUCGUGGAACAGAUGUGUUUAAAGCUCUGGCACUUGGAGCCUCGGGCAUAUUCAUUGGGCGGCCUGUGGUGUUCUCGUUGGCUGCAGAAGGAGAGGCGGGUGUCAGGAAUGUGCUGCAGAUGCUGCGCGAUGAGUUUGAGCUGACAAUGGCGUUGAGCGGGUGUCGUUCAUUGAGUGAGAUCACACGCAAUCAUAUCGUGACCGAUUGGGAUGCGCCCCGAGCUCUUCCAGCUGCAGGAGCUGCAGCCAGGUUAUGAAAUUGUUGCCUGCAUUGAUGCAGAUCAGAGGCUAUCUUUUCUUUCUGUGAAGAACUCAUUCUGAAUUUCAGAGUUUAAUGAAAAUAUGUAAUGUUACUUCUU